AUGCCAGCGCCAUCAGAUAGGCGUGAGCCUGUCGUACGAUUUCAUACACCUAUGCCAGCUGGAUAUGUUUUCGUCCCGAAAGGGGAUCGUUACAUGACAGCAAACUGUCGUAAGGAAACACAAGCCGCGGGGGAAACCGUGUAUGUUGUGGUCAACAAGAACAAGGCAGUGAUCGGUAUCCGCGUGCCCGAAAAUGUUCUUGCUCGCGUGCGCGCCUCGGAAGCGUCGACACGCGCAGACCGUGCGAGUGCUGUCCAGAAGCGCGAUGAAGGAAUGGAGCGUCAGUUUCGGGAGGCUAUAGUGAAGCUCUUCCCGAAAAUCCCCGCCGCAGACACCCCGAAGGUCGUCAAGACAGCUAUGCAAAAGGGCAGUGGUCGCGUGGGCAGGACUGGAAAACUGGAAGUUGAGAAGAAGGCGGAGCUGGCACUGCGUGCACACAUUCGCCAUCAACACACGGAAUACGAAAAGUUACUCAGGAGUGGGACUCCAAGACUCAAAGCACGCGACAUGACCCUGGAUAAAGUCAAUGAAGUUGUGGAGUCCUGGGAUGGGCAAAUAUUGGCAGCGAGGCGUCAAAAGAAGGCGAAACCGCGGACGAGUAAAGCAAGACGACGAACAGAUGCGAAAUCGCCAGAACAGAAAAUGACACAGAACCCACGCCACAGAGCAUCUUCUACCCCAGAACGGUUGUCUGAAAGCAACGCAAAGUCGGCAAAGGGUGAUAGAAAGGCUGUGGGAUCAGGUCAGCAUUCUGGUGGCAAUAAUUCCAGCAACCCGCCCUUGUUCCCGCAAGAGCGACGGACCCGUAUGCUUCGGACGCGAUAUGCCAGGAGUGCGUCCGCCAGACGAGGAAAGUCUCCACAUGGUGGUGAUAGCAGGGCUCAAGCACCUAGUGGUGGCACUGGGAAAUCGUUACGAGAUGAUGUAUCAGAUGUGCAAGAAAGUGACGAAUAUAUUGACAGUGAUAGCAUGGUUUGGUCUGGAACAGAUGAGGAAGAUUCUGAUUGGACAUUGGACUGA